AUGGAAGGACAACCAAAGAUGUCGACACGCCCGACUGGUAUACCGCGACCUGCCAGCGGUAUUCCACGACUCACUUCAAGAUUGCCUUUACCCACGACUACCGGAUCGAAAUCGCUUAAACCGUCGCCUUCACGAGACAGACUACGAGCCGACCCUGGACUGGAUGAGAAAAGAUUGCGAAGGCCGUCGUACGACACGCUUGUGCAAAAGCCGUUCUCGCGCCAUUUGUCGCCACCCAAGCCACAGAACGAUCCUGUCCCGGUUCUCAAGCAAGACGAAGCUCAAGGCGGGGAAAACGAGACACGGCUUUUGGGGGAAGCGGGCCCAGCGGGACUUGAUGAUGCUGCAUCGAUUAUAUCGACACAAGAAGUGCGCGGUCGCCGGGAAAUACGUCCAUCAUUAUCCGAGCGCACACUUGAGACACUAGCGCAAAUUCCACCGUCACCGGCUUCAGUGAGAAGGCAGUCCAGCUUUUUCAAUGGCGCCAGUCCGGUGCGGUCCCCAUCUCGGGCCCCGUCCAAUGUUUCUAGUGUUUCAAGGUCGCCAUCCAGAGCGUCUUCUGGAGCGCCACCUAGCAACGAACCACACGUCAAACCCGUCUCCAAGCUACGUCUUCCCGCAAAGGCUCGUCCGUCGACCGCUUCGUCUCUCUCUCCAGCUCGCACCGCGGAAGAGAGUGUGAGUCCGUCGAGAUUGAGACGACCGUCACCUAGAACUAGCAUUGCCCCAGGAGAUGGCCUUCCAUCUGAUACCAUCCCGCCCAAGUUAACUACAACCGAGCGACCUUUCGGAAACAAAAUCACGGGGAACCCUUUGCCAAUUCGCCCGUCGCCAAGCAAGGCCUUUGUAAAGCCUGCAAAGUCAAACAUGGGCCCUCCAGAAAAACCUCUCCAGGUGAAGAAAACAAGAAAGCCCCAGACAGAGCAGGUUUCUACUCUCCGGUCUCCCUCGACAGCAUCAAGACAUGUCUCUGCUUCUUCCAUGCUUGAUGAGCUCACACCGGAGCAACAGGCGCAGAAAGAAGCUAGAAAAGCUUCCAAAUCAUCUAGCACGCUACGCGACACCAUAGCAAAAGCCAAAGCUGCUCGCAAAGCGAUGGCAGCCGGCGAGAAAAAAGAUGUCCCCCAACCGCAAACAUAUCAAGCUAUACCUGUCGAUGCGCCUGUCGAUUCGUGGGUAGGCGGUGAUGACGAGGACCCAUUCAACCAGUUGCCUAAGGGAUCCAACUCUUUGGUAAUGCGAAAGCGUGUGCAGACAGCACGUGCGACCGGCCAGUUGAACAUAGCAGCGUUCGCUCUGACGGAGAUACCCAAAGAAGUGCUGACUAUGUACGAUUACGAUCCAGAGAACUCUGAAAACUGGUUCGAAAAUGUCGAUCUGGUUAAAUUCAAUGCUGCGGACAAUGAGCUCGAACAGAUCUCAGAUGCCACAUUCCCAGAUAUCGAUCCCGAGGAGUUUGAUCCCGAUAGCGAUGAUCGAGGACUUCAAUUUGGAGGCAUCGAAACAUUGGACCUCCAUGGGAAUGUACUUAAAUCACUUCCGAUGGGUCUUCGGCGUCUACAGAACUUGCGCACUCUCAACCUGGCUAAUAAUGCUUUGGACAUGACCAAUAUCGAAAUUAUCACGGAGAUAGAGUCUCUCAUGGACCUGCGGCUCGCGAAUAAUCAACUCCAAGGGGAGCUGACUGCUGCUAUCGGUCGGCUUCGCAAUUUGGAGUUUUUGGAUCUGCGUGGCAAUGCUCUCACCCAGCUUCCUGAGAAGUUUGUUGACCUGACUUCUCUGAGGACGUUGGAUGUGAGCGAGAAUAGAUUCACUUCCCUGCCAUUCGAGAUAUUCAACGGACUUUCUCUGAAGACUCUCAAUGCCCAGAAAAACAGACUUGAAGGCACUUUAAUACCGGCAUCAGUGAAAGGCUGGGAGACAUUGCAGUCGCUGAACGUUGCCAAUAAUGCCGUGGUCGUCUUCUCGGCCAAUGACGCGCUUCACCUUCCCAAUUUGCAUACUCUUUUGAUUGGAGUCAAUCGCAUCACACAUCUCCCAUGCGUUUCUUCUUGGCAGUCAUUGUUGACGCUCUCCGCUGAGGAGAAUAAAAUUGCAGAGCUUCCACAAGGGUUUGUGGAGCUCAAGAGCAUCAAGAAGGCCGAUUUCACAGGCAACGAUCUCACUCGUUUGGACGACAAGAUAGGAUUCAUGGAGAGCCUCACCUCUUUCCGAAUUCCCAACAACCCACUUCGGGAGCGCCGUCUGCUGAAUAUGGAUACAGAAGACAUCAAACGAGAGAUGCGGAGCCGCUGUGACCCUGAUCCGCUGGACUCAGACGAUGAGGGCUCAGUGGCUACCCAAUUCACUCUAGCACCCGAAAAUCCCGCGCUCGAUGGCAGCUGGCAGAUCAAAUCUGGUACACUUGACAAGUCAUACGCCGAUAUGACCGAUCUGAAGGUAGAACAACUGGACAUGAUUUCCUGGCAAGACAUUCGGUGCCUCUAUCUGCAGCACAAUGAGUUUAGCCAUUUCCCGGUUCCUGCAAUCCAAAUGCUCGCGGAGAGUUUGAUCGAGCUUGAUCUCUCACACAACCCCUUGAGCGGAGCCGACUUCUUGUCUUCUCCGCUGGAGCUGCCAAAGCUCCAGUCGUUGACUUUGAAUGCGGCGACAUUGACGGCAUGGGAGCCUCUCCUGUCUAAUCUGACAGCCCCAUCUUUGAAAUUCCUAGAUAUUUCGCACAAUCGCCUGAAAGGUCCUCUUCCUCAUUUGAGGAAGACAUACCCGGAGCUCAAGACGCUUGUGGCUUCCGACAACCAGAUCUCUAGUCUGGAAUUCGAAGCCGUACAAGGACUGCAGGUCUUGGAGCUAAGCAACAAUGACAUUGAUUCGCUACCCCCGAAGAUUGGCCUCCUCGCUGCUCAACGCUCCCCCCUCAACUGGGGCAAUGGAUCAGCCUUGAGACGCUUUGAGGUGGCUGGCAAUCGGUUCCGAGUGCCUCGCUGGCAGGUAGUUGCCAAGGGGACCGAUGCUAUUCUGGAUUUCUUGCGCGAGCGUAUUCCCACCAGCGAUCUGCCAGAGUGGGAGAAGGAGCAAGAAGAAUCUGAGGAGUAUUGA